UGAAACAUAAUUAUUAUAUUUACAAAACCACCAAAACUAGGGUUUAAGGCUCCGUCUCCCCUCUCUCCCACUCUCUUUCUCUCUCUCCGAUUUGUACACCUGGAAAAAUGGGGGCAAAAGCUAGAAAGGCGGCGAAGAAGGAUGUGAAGAAGGCAUCGGCCCAAUUUUCUGCUACCGGAGACGCAACCCCUGAUUUCUUGCCGUUGGAAGGCGGUAAGGCGAGGAAUCUUCCGAAGACUGAGAAUACAGAGAACAAAGCAACAGUUUUGUACAUUGGGAGAGUCCCACACGGAUUCUUCGAGGAUGAAAUGGAAGCUUUUUUUAAGCAGUUUGGUACAGUCAAGAGGCUCAGAAUUGCAAGGAAUAGAAAGACGGGGAAAUCGAAGCAUUUUGGAUUCAUGGAAUUCGAGUCUCCUGAGGUCGCCAAAGUUGUUGAAGAAUGCAUGCAUAAUUAUCUCAUGUACGAGCAUCUGCUGCAAGUUCGCAUCGUCCCCCCAGAAAAAGUUCAUCCAAAAAUGUAAAUGGAAGGUGUGGGUCGCGCGUACCAACCCUCUGAUUGGGUUCAAAUUGAAAGGAAGCGUCACGACAAGGAACGGACACUGGAACAACAGAAUAAAUUAGUGGCAGGUGUAGUGAAAAGGGAUUUAAAAAGAAGAAAGCGGAUCGAGGCUGCUGGUAUUGAAUACGAGUGCCCAGAAAUUGUGGGAAGUGUCCAAGUUGCUCCGAAGAAGAUUAGGUUCGACUAAACCUUGCAACGAAUGUCUGCCUACUCGGUUGCUCCUUUUGUUCUCAAGUUACAGGGAGAGCUUAUUGCCAAUGUUGCAUGAUUAACCCUGUAGUUUGUUUGUUGCAGUUAAAAUGUGACCGAUUUCACUUGUUUUUUUAUUUCCCUCAAACUGAUCUUAAAUAUUUUCGAACCUUUCGAUGGUUAGGACAAGAUAGUAUUUGUUGCUACCGUUAUUAUCCUAUUAAUUUGCCCUCGAAAAACUUUA